UGCUCCUCUUCGCUUUUGCAGCUACUACUAUUUGUCACACACUCCUUCGUGGGCUACAAUUUGUCAACCGACUCCUGUUUGUAUGAACCUGGUGACGGGUUCGCGUUUUGGCUGAGAGUUUUUUCACACACUAACACACACCACGGCGAGGCAGAUCUGCGUCGGCUUACACUUUAUUAGUAUUAUUUUUCACAAACGAGGCGAGGUGCUUUACGUCAUCUUAUUCUUUUGUUACUUAACACACGCGGCGAGGUUUUAACGUCGACUUUUGCUUGCUUUAAUAUUGUCUCGAGCCACACCGGUUUUGCGCCAAUUAAAUUUGUUUAUAUUUAUUGGAGUUAAAAAACACAUCUUUAUUUGAGCAAAGUUAGAACUUAAACUAAUUUACAUUUAUUCUCUUAAAAAUAAUGAAUCGUGAGAUUUGUUGAAUGUUCUCUUUUCCAUUAUUGGGCGUUUUUCUUUUUUAGUUCAGAGCUGAGCUCUGAGCAUACUCUGAGCGAACAGAGUAGAGUAGAGUAGAGUUCUGAGCAGAGUAUGUUCAGAGCUCUCUGAUUUAAUUAUGAAACAACUUGAGCACUAAACUGUCAUGAUUUGAAAUGUCAAAUGUCAGUAGUGUGGGUUAAACAUAGAUAGUCUAUCGAUAGUAAAAAACUAUCGCGUACAUCGAUAGUUUCUAAAAACUAUCGAACACACUAUCGAUAGUUUCAAUACUUUCAAAUUAUUUUACCACAAGGCUAUUUUUUUUCUGUUCAAUCACUACAGACAUUUUUUAUUAUUCAAAAGAUGUGUACCUAAUAGAAAAGACUUUUUAAAUGCUUUUUAAGAUAUUUAGUAAAACCAUCGAUAGUAUCGAUAGUGUUUUCCCAAAACUAUCGAUACUAUCAAAAGUGGAAACUAUCGAUGUUUAACCAACUCUAAAUGUCAGACUAUCAAACGUAAAUAUUUGUUAAUCCAGAAGAGUAAAACUAGUUUAUUGUUCAACAAAAAUGGAUAAAGCUAUUAUUUUAAGGGAAGCAUUUAGUUUGUUUUUUGAUGAUGAAGAUGAAGAAGAUGAAUACAAUACUGUGGAAAUUAAUUCAAGGCGAAUUAUAAAAAAUGAGAAGUAUGCCGAAGAAGUGGUGUCGAGAUUCUCUGACAAGACUUUCAAACAACAUUUUCGAGUGAAUCCGAAUGUAUUUGAUAUGUUGUGCCAAGAACUUCUUGCUAUGGAACAACAUAAUUAUGGACCUGGUAGGGAAUCUACCGAUAUUGAAAAAAAAAUUAUGAUAACUUUAUGGUACUUAGGCAAUCCCGAAUGCAUGAGAUCGAUUGCAGAUAGAUUCGGCGUUUGCACUGCAAACGUAUUCCGAAUUAUCACCAGCAUUUGUGAUAAUCUCAUUCAAUUAAAUAGGACGAAGAGGUUUAUAAAAUGGCCUAAUUCAGAUGAGGCUGCCAGAACGUCUGCGCAUUAUUUGCGGAAAACCCGUUUACCAGGAGUAAUUGGAUCCAUAGAUGGUUGCCAUAUAGCAAUUAGAGCACCGACUAUAUCCCCCAACUCCUAUAUAAAUCGGAAAGGAUUCCAUUCGGUUCUACUGCAAGGAGUUUGCAACCAGACUGGAGUUUACGUACUGCUAUACUGGCGAAGCAGGUUCAAUUCAUGACGCGCUCUUAUUGAGGAGAUCAAAAAUAAUAGAUAAAAUCAACUCAGGUCAAUUCUACAUACAUGAAGAGCAGCAUCUAUUGGGAGAUUCAGCGUAUCCUCUGAAGCAGUGGCUGGUAACUCCAUACAAGGAUAAUGGGCGUUUGAGGGAUGAACACAAAAUAUUUAAUAGGGUUCAUUCCAAAUGUCGUGUUUCAAUUGAACGCGCAUUCGGAUUGCUGAAAGGCAGGUGGAGGAGACUGUUCAGUAUAAAUUCACUGAAGCCUAUAUCAAUUGUGAAAAAUUAUGGCCUCAUGUAUUUUACAUAAUAUAUGUAUAGCAUACAACGAUACGGCAGAAGACUUCAUCAUUCUUGAAGACGACGAAAAUAUUGACAAUGACCGUGAAGCGGACUCUAUCGCAAACAGCUCAAACAAAAAGAGAAAGUUUGAUGAAUAUAUUAUUUUAAAGCUAUAUGA